ACCAGUAAAGGGAUUUCUUUGUGGUGGAUAGAUCUGCUAGAAAUAGUAGCUAAAUCGACCACAAUCCAUACCUUAUCACCUUGAAGAAGAAUAUACUGGACAAAGUGUUUCUUAUUUCUUUACUGCCCGCAAGGAGCUACACACAGAGGGGACGAACGGAUUAAGUCGAUUAUAUCGACCCCAGUGCGUAACUAGUACUUAUUUGAUCAACCCCGAAAGGAUGAAAGGCAAAGUCGACCUCGGCGGAAUUUGAACUCAGAACGUAACGGCUGACGAAAUACCGCUGAGCAUUUCGCCCGGCGUGUUAACGUUUCUGCCAGCUCGCUGGACACUGGUCAAUGUGUUUCUGGCCCCUCUACAUGAAUAACAUUAUGAAUGUUGAGACGACAACACACGACUACAGCAGCACGUGGUGGUGAGAUCUUGUGAAGAUCAGAACAAGAAAACGUGUUUGCAGAAUGUUCCCACCAUUUGUGUGUGUGUACAGUGAAGAAGGGCGACCCAGAGGUGCUGAAUAUAGAAGACAUGUAGAAGUGCUCAAAUGAUUUGAACUGAAACUGAAGCCUGCAGGGGUGAAGAGUGGCCAUAGGAAGAAUCCAGAAAAGUGCUACAUUGUAUUGUCCCUUCUGUGUUCGGACCUGCGUGGCUAAUAAAGAAAGAUUUUCUCCCAAACUCAAAACCAAACGCAUCAACCAAAAAGGGAGACGCAAGAAUUUCAAAGUACACAACCAAGAUAUUUUGGUUGACAGCACCCAAAACCAUAAACAGCCGAAACAUGCCUUCUCUUUGGCACCGUCUAAUCACAGGUCGGCAUCGUUACAAGCGGGCUGCAUCCCGCAACCAAAGGAAAAAUAACCUCAUUAAAACAUAUGCGGAUGAUGGUGACGAUUAUCAUCAUUCAGCUAUGUUUUAUUCGUUGGCCAAUCUUUGGUGCGAAAACGAUUUGUCUCCUUCGAAGAAUUAUUUUGACAUUGAUGCAUACCGAAGGAUGCAGUUUGCAUCUGCUCAAAAUGUUUCCGGGAGCAACAACCCGUUAAUUUAUGGAAACAAUUACCAAGACUUGCAUUCAAAAUACAAAAAUGGUGUGUUGAACAAUGCUAUACAUAGCAGAAGGCUUUCGUCAACAAACUCAGACGAACGCGGGAAAAGUUCUUCAACUUUGCUGAGAAAUAAGAACAAGAAGAACAACAAGAAGAGUUCUAAGAUGAGUUUCUUAGAAAAGAUUUCCAACAGGAAAGAUAAACGAGCUUAUGACAACCCCAAAUGCCUCAUGGCCCCUGCAAAUUCAGCUGCUGCAUCGGAACUGAGAAUGGCGUCGAAUGUCUGUGUCAACUACGUGAGCGCUUACAACAACAAGAACACGAAUAGCAGAAACUAUGGGGACGAUGUCAGCAGUGGGUAUGGUGGAAUUGGCAGAGGGGGUGGCACUCACACGACGAAUAUCAAUGAGUAUGUGCCAAAGAGCUUCAGACAUCUUGCAACGUCCUUGGCGCUUCGAGGCCACCAAGUGAUCAGAGACAAAUUCGACAUCACCGACUUCAAUCACAUCAACAACCAGAACAACAACAAAAACGUUGACAAUUAUCUUUACCAUGAUGGCGGCAGCGACUUUCAGCAUCGGAUAAUCUGUACUAAGCUACAGGAACCGACUGAGAAUAUCAUCAGCGGCCAAUUUGUUUUGGCCAAAAGAAAUCACUUUUAUAACAACGUCAACAUCAGUAGCAGCAGCAGCAGUGGUAACAGCAGCAGUGGUGAGGAACCGAUGUCGACAAGUUUUGGCAGUAGUUCGAUCUCCCAGGCAUGGAACUGGGAAGCGAAGGAUGAAGGCCACCAACACGACCAGCAGCAAAUGAGUGGCCGAAAUGCAAGGAAUGUUACAAUGGAGGAUGAUUUGGGAUUUGUCGAUUCCCGUGAUUCAGACGAGGAAUGGAGGCAGGAAAUUCUCUCCACGUCUACCACCACCAACAGCAACAACAACAACAAGACAAGCAACAUAACAUUAACAGCAGGGAAUGGCAAGGCAGGAGAGGACCAAGGUCGACUGAGCGACAAUGGAUCCCUGGUGGAACUUCAGAGACAACAGAUAACGAGGAAAUUGUCAAUAGCUAACUACGUCACCGACAGCGAUGACUGCAGCAACCACAACAACAACAACAGGAACAACAACAACAACAACAACAACUGUGGCAAAAGGAGAAAUGAACUGGACAAUUUGGACAAAAUAAUUAGGAAUAAUAAUAACAACAACAACAACAACAAUGGUAAUACCAACACUGAGAUUCAGAUAGUUAUAUCUACCGUCUCAGAAACAGGGAAUGAAAUUGAUAAUGUGUUUUUAUAUUAAAUAUCCCAUUAUUAUGUUUGUGUGAGCAUGUUUGUGUGUGUGUGUGUGUGUACCAUGUAAAAUAACCAACACAUGUGAAAUAUUUUGUCUGUGUUUUCUCCCUUGUUCUCGUGCCUUCCCACUGUAUAGCUAUAAGUCUGAAGAAGAGCAUAUUGUCCAAAAUAUCAGAAUUAUUAACUCUUUCCAAUUCUUUGAUCGUGAACAAAUAAAUGUAUGUGUGUAUGUCAGACCACUGGAGUUUGGAUGUAUAUAUGUAUGUAUGUAUAUGUGUAUUUGUGUGUGCGUAGUUUCAGGUUCAUUUGCAGUCUCAGGAAAGGUGCCGUUGUCAACCAUAUGCACACCAUACCCACCUCGCCCCUAUCUCCCCCGCCUCACUUCAGAUUUCCACUUCUCACUAAAACUCUCUACCUCAUCCCAUUCCUCUGCAGCUCUCUUCAAUAGGAAGGCAGAGGAGUCUCUACGUGGUAGCUAGACCUACUAGAAAUAACAGCCAAAUCUUCCUCAAAUCACACCUUACUCUUUUAUCUAUGUAUGAGCCAGUCAAGAAGCUAUGCAGUCAGACCCUAUGGAAGAGGGGCCUAAAGAUUCUACCCCCAGGAUCCUCCUACGAGUAGUGGGUGCAAGAGAUGGGUAGUAAUAAUAUAGAGAGACAAGGAAAUAACAUUUAUCUUACAAAAGGAUUUCUUAAAUUCAAAAUUUUAUUCAAAGACACAAAGAACCCCAGAAUUUUUUCGUAUAACCAUCAGGAUUCUCAGAACCCAUUUCAAGAAACUCUGGCAUAGGUAACCAUUUUCUGGGGUUUUGAAUGUACCAUGCACCUUCUCGAACGUAUGGUGAAUUUUGGGGAUUUAUUGUAGGAAAAUGAUGCCAAGAAAUAUAGCAAUUGUCUUUAGAGUGUAUAUAUUUACAAAAUUGAUAACUGCUCUACACAACAUAGAGAUAACAAUUUAAAACAUCAAUAUCUAUGCCAAAUUUCGUAUCCCUUUUUCGUAUCAAUUUUUGUCUUUAUUUUUAUAUAUUCUUCAUAGAAUCUAGAGCCAGCAGUGAAAGUUACGUCUCAUAUAUGAAUGAGUCUAAGAUCCCUUAUUUUUUCUAUCUUUGAUCACAUUUGAUUACAAAGAUGUAUUUGUGUAUGAGACAUUGCAACUUUCAGGGCUGCCUCUAAAUUCUGUUAAAAAUCUAUUGAGUUAAACUUAAAACAUGAGAACAUUGCACUGAUAACACAAGAAGAAAGACACAGUAUUAACUUUGAUAUACUUCGUUGUAUAUUUAUGGUUGCAAAACAAAAUACUCUGUCCUUACCAACAAUUUUUGUAUAUACACUCUAAAUUUCGUAGAGGUAUUGUUUUAUAAAACAGAUAACUCCACUCUAUUUCGUUUCGUUCACUUUCGAUAUCUCCUCUACAUUUCGUUUGUGUAAUUACAAAUUGACAAACUUGAUGUCUAUUUCAAUCUCCUUCCAACUCCAGCUCGGUCAGUCUCCUGCCCUCUCUUCUAAGACAAGAGAAGUUAUGUAACUCCUUCUACAGUAAGAGACCUCUCCUGCUUCUGGUCCCUGUUUUCAUGGAUUUUUUUGCCCUUCAUCUCCCUUCAUAUACACAUAAGACCUGUAUAUAUAAUAUGAUUAUCUUUACAUGUGUAUUGACCCCCAUAUAUAAAUAGCUGUCUAUAUGUGUGUGUGUGUAUGAAAAUAUAUGCAUGUAACUCCUUCCUGUGACAUUGCUUUUAUAUUUCCCUAUUUAUUCUUUAUCGAAUUGCUUAACAGGCAAUCGAUAUCAAAACCAUACAUUAUUCACAGGACUUUGUAAUUGUUUUUACAAUUUAUUCUAGAAUAAUCCAGAAAUUUAUUAUUUUAACCAGACUAUGUGAAGGUAAUCCUCAUAAUUUGAAGCCAGUUUCUUAAGUGUCAAUUCAUGAAAUGAUCAUACCUUGAGUCACUCUAAUUUCAGCUGAUUGAUAAUAAAAUUAAUAUAUAUAA